AUGGCCCAAAUGGGUACUUCUAAUGGCGGGAAGGACAAAUAUCCUCGACGUGAGGACCGCUUACUUGAGGUGCCGUCGGCUAAGAAUGCCCAGGGUCUCUUCUCUCCCGAUGCCUGUAUCUUUGCUGGAAAUCUGUCAACCAAAAUCUCUAUAGAUAAAUUAGCCGAGGAUCUCAAGUCGACUUUUGAAAAGUUUGGAGCUUGCCAUGUUAAGAUUAAGCAAGACAAGAAAAAAGGCUUGCCUGGAGCCUUUGUACAAUUUGAGAGCGCGGAAGAUGCCAAAUCAGCGUUGGAAAGUGGUCCUACUUCUCUGCACGGUCGUUGCUUAAGAAUUGAGAGGGCAAGAGGAAGAAUUCUAGGAACCGCCUGCCUUGGUCUCCGUUCUUACGGAAAUAUCACAAUUCAAGAAGUGCAAUUUGCACUAAAAGAGCGAGGACCUGUUGAGGUGUACUGCAUUCAGCCCUAUCUUACGACUUUUAACACCCUCACCUCAAUUUGCAAGGUCACCUUUGCGUACGUCGACGACUGCAGAGACGCAAUCAAAUUCUUCCAAAAGGAUACAAAAUUCUUCAUGUCUCUCCUCGACAUGGACGGUAGUCCUCUGACUGCAACUUGGCCAACUCGUGGCAACUAUGGUUUCCGCAAGCCAUUCGGCCAUCGCGCCAACUACAGCACCAAUGCCAAUAUCAAUGGCAACUUGACCAAGCAGAAGAUCUCCCAGCAGCAGCUCAUGAACCUGGACCAGCAGCGCUUGGCCUACUUGAACCAACAGCUUUCUGUCCCUCACUAUGAGGCUUACGCUCCCGGUCCUGUUAAUCUCAUGGCCGCACACGCCCAGGAUCUCUACCUUAAGCAACAGGUGGCUUACAGCCAUGGCGCGGCACCUUUUUACGGUGGCCCUCUGCCCCCCAUCCUCUCAAACUGGCUGCCCCAAGGCUCGAUCUUCCACACCUUCGACCCCCGUUACCCUCCUGGCUGCCCUCCUGGAUUCCCUCCCGGACUUGUGGAGCCUAUGCACAGCAACGGUAGCCCAUAUAUGGGCCAUGACUAUUAUAGCCCUCCCCCUCCCCCUCCAUAUAUCGACAACUUCUACCAGGGAUACCACCAGGACCCUGCACGAUUCACUCCUCCCGAUAGCUGUCAUAGUAGAAGUGGAGUUCCUCAGCAGCUCAGCGAUGCCAUGCCCGCUGCCAACACCAUGGCCAUGACCCCUUCAUCUACUAUCAGCGGCAAAAGCUAUCAUAGUGCUUCUGACUCCUCCUCAGAUGGAGCACUUCCUAGCACCUCAGAACAAGUUGAAACUAAGGCAUUUCACAAGCUUAUGAUGAAACUCCUUGAUCUGAAGGUGCCUGAAAAGGCACCUAAGCUUGUUCCUAUGGUGGUGGAAUCGGACACGGCUCCUGGCCCUGUCUCAAUUAUGGGUAAACGUACCCCCAAGUACGUGCUGGCCAGCGGAAAGACGGUUGAGGAGUAUGUUCGGGAUUUAAUUGGAGACUUUGAGUUGGAGGGGGAGGAGACUGUGUUGUCUCUCACUGACGAGUUGGAGGAGGAGUACCUCCAUCUUAUGAAGCGGACAGCUACCUCUGUCUCCAUUUAG